ACUUUAUAUCGAGAGGCGGCGACUGCUUCAAAUUUUUUUUGGAUUUUCUCUUAUUCCUGUCCGAAAUGUUGGACAUGAAUUGCUAUACAAAUCAAGAAGCGUCUCCCAUAGAUAUGUCUCGCCAAACUGCCAAUGAAUUACUAAACUACCAGCAGGUUUUGAAUGCGCAUAAAAAAGAAUUUAAAGAACUCAAGGAGACAUAUAAUUCGUAUUUUUCCUCACAAAACGAAGAAGAAGGUCAUCUUAAUAUCGAAGACGAAGAUGAUGAUGAAUUGAUCAGCCCCGGUUCCCCUGAAAACUCAGACUCUUCAGAGAAAGGAGAUUCGGACAAGAAGGACGAUGAUAAGGAUGAUAAGGAGGUUAAAGGCAAGAAGAACAGUUUAGUCAAACCACCGUAUUCUUAUAUAGCUCUCAUAACAAUGGCGAUUCUCCAAUCUCCUCAUAAAAAACUCACGUUAUCCGGCAUUUGUGACUUUAUCAUGAGCCGAUUUCCUUACUACAGAGAUAAAUUUCCUGCAUGGCAGAAUUCAAUCAGGCACAACCUUAGUUUGAACGAUUGCUUCGUUAAAAUUCCAAGAGAGCCCGGAAAUCCGGGAAAGGGAAAUUACUGGACAUUGGAUCCAGCCUCUGAAGAUAUGUUCGACAACGGAUCGUUUCUACGCCGAAGGAAACGAUAUAAGCGUCUCAAUGCCGAGUCCAUGCACCCAAAUAAUCAUUUUGCCCAUCCUCCUUAUCCUCAACACCACGGGCCUCUUCCACUACCAUUUCAAGCUCACGGAGGAAUAGUUCCUGAUCCUCGGGCGGCUUUCUUUUCCCAAAUCAACAUAGGACAAUUGGUACAGCAAAGGGCGGUUGCUCUUGCACUAGCACAACAACAGCAACAAUUAAGAACAUCUGCAACUCAGCAAAAACAGAGUUUUAGCAUCGAUUCGAUAAUCGGUUCAAAAGAGGAGGAUAAGAAGAGUCCUUCUCCAUCUCCGCCUCCUCAACAGCCAAUUUUAAAGCCUCCAAUUCCAGUCAUUCCGCACCGACCUCCGUUCAUGGCGAAUCAGAUGUAUUUACAAUACGCAGCCGCCUUUGCCACCUUGCCGAGGUGAGUGAGUUGAUAUAUCCGAAAAAAAACUAUAUACACUAACUUAUAAAUAUACAGUAUAUACAUAAAAAUUAUAUAAAUACUUCAUAUACAUAUUACUAUAUAUAUAUAAAUAUAUAUAUAUUUAUAAAAAUAAAUGUAUAAAGGCGUGUCAUAUAAAAUUUAAUUCGCAGAUGAGAUCUGAGUAAUUUUCCGUUGUCUUAGUGCGUUGUGUCUGUAAUAUAUUGUUUAUAUCUUUGUCAGGCGAUGACUAUGGAAAUAUAAUUUUUUUUUCUCAAUUAUAUCCUCAAUCAUUCCGUCGUGUGCUUAAUUAAUACAGUUUUACCAUUUACGUAACGCCCCUAAGAUUUCUCUUUUUUUUUUUCUUCUGCUUCUAUUUAUAAUCUUAACCUCUUAUAAGAAUGGAAAAAAGUGGGACACAAGGAUAUUAUUUUUUUAUUAUUAAAUGUUUGCUCUGUGUAGACCGACAGUGAUAAAUGGCCUGCGGAUUGAAAUAAGAAUCCUUAUAAUCUCUAUUGUUUCCUAAUUCUCUAAACGUUGACACUAAUUAUUCACAAAAAGUUUUCCAACUUCUAAUAGUUUACGGAGAUUGCGGAUAAUCUGGGUUGGCAACUAACGAAAAUGGCCGACUAAACAAAAGGGCUGCCAAAUUUUCGCCGUGAGGCAACGAAGCUGAAGCCUUUAAGUGUAAAUGGAAGAUUAUCCACUCCUAUAUAGAUUGACCGCCCGCGCUUUCUUGUAUCACUAGAACAACAAGUUGUAUGACGUCAAUACAGACAAUUAUCAAAGGUAGAGCAUCAAAUUAAUUUCCUAAAAUUAUUAUCUACUGUCUUUUAUAUUUACGCAAAAGUUAUAGUAUUCCAUAUUUAUAUAGGUCAAAUAUAUAAUAAAUAAGCUAUCGAUGAUAAAUACCGUAUCUAAUAAAAUGUUUUAUUAUAUACAAUCGAAAUAUUUAUUAACUAUAUGCUUAUAUCUACAUCGGCUCUCUUUUUUAUUAUGUUUGCUUAUCAUUUUUGUUUAGCGCUAACGGCGAUAAGAUAAGCGUUUUACGAGCUGAUUACAUGUUACGCGAAAAUAUUCUUAAUUAAGGCUGUACAGAAAAAAUACGAGCCUGGAUGUUGGUUUUCAUUAUUCGUCCUAUA